ACAACUCUAUUCACUUAAUCUCUCUGCUAAAUCCUCUUCCUAAAUCUAAUUUAUAGAAAAAGGUUCUCCCACGUUAUAUAUAAGAGGUCAAGCAGCUAGCAAGGCUGGUAAGACACAGUUCUAUUCACUAAAUUUCUGCUAAACACUUAAUCCUUUUCCCAACUCUAACUUAGGCAUUGGAGGGGCCAUAUCCGUCACACCUCCAGUGUCUUGAGUAAGGGCUUUUUUGCAGGUGCUCUGGAUUGAAGUUAGAUUUCGAGAAGGCAGAGAGAGAUCUAGGGGUGGAGAGAUUGGGGAUGGGAAGCUUUCCAGGACUAGUCACAGAGCUAUACCGAGCAGCCUUAGAAGGAGAUUGGGAAAGAAUGAAGGGGUUCUAUGAAGAAAACAGAGAAGCAGUGUUUUACCCUCUCACAGUCACUAAUGAUACAGCAUUUCAUAUAGCUGUUUACAGUGGAACUAAGAGCCCGCUUGAAGAAUUGAUUCAGAUUGUGCCAAACCCGCCAAUUGCUAAAGCCGAUGAUAAGAAAAACACACCUCUUCAUGAGGCUGGCGCUAUUGGAAAUAUUGAAGCAGCUCAAGUGUUGAUGCGCUGCUCUCCAGAGCAGCUUGAGGCUAGAAAUGCUUUAGGAGAAACUCCAAUGUUUAGAGCUGCUGCAUUUGGUAUGACAGAAAUGGUCAAGUAUUUGGCUUUCGAAGUCCGAAGCCGCCAAUGCGAUAUGCAUAUCCAGCGCAUCAGAGAUGACAAUACCUCCAUUCUUCAUAGUGCCAUCCACGGCCAACACUUCGAGACAGCAUUGUGGUUAUUUAAAAAUGAUGAAAUACUAGGAGAUCUUAUGGAUAAUAAAGGCAUGACAUGUCUUCAGCUAUUGGCAUACAUGCCAUCGGCUUUCAAGAGUGGAUACCCCAUGGGCAAAUUUGCAUCAUUUAUCUAUUUUUGUCUUCAAAGCAAUGAACACGAUGAUGACAAAUGUGAUCAAAUGAAUUUGAGGCAAUGCGAUGAUUUGGAGAGUGGAUGGGGUAGAAAUCACCUCCGUCAAUCUUGCUUUUUAAGGAUCAAUAGAGCAAUCAUAAGGAUGUACUCUGGCUUGUGGACGUUCCUACCUGCUGGAUGGCCAAUGAUAGGCAACAUUCAAAAUGAGAAAAAGAAACAUGAAUCAUCUUGGAAACUUGCAAAGCUGCUCAUAAAGAAAGACAAAUCAUGGGAGAAAACAGAUAUAAAACCAGAUAUAGGAAUCAUUUCUUUUGGAGAAACAAAAGAAAAUGGAUCGGAGAAAGCAGUUGUAUCGGGAAAGAAAGAAGAUAAAGAGGAAAAAGAUGAUAAUAAUAAUCCUCCACCAUUAAUUCCUACAAGUACAACACCAUUGCUUAUAGCAACUAGCACAGGUAUAGUUGAGAUCGUUAAUGAGAUACUAGAAGAGUAUCCUCAGGCAGUAGAGCAUGUUAGUGACCAAGGACUCAGCAUUAUGCAUGUCGCGAUUAGGUACCGUCAAAGAGAUAUUUUUAAACAUGUUAAGAAGAUGAAGAUUCCGAUGACGAGGCUGGUUCGUAGAAUUGACAACAAUGGCUAUACCUUAUUGCACCAUGUUUCUGAUAUGACCCAUCGUUCUGCUGGAACUUUGCCUAACCCUGCUCUUCAAUUGCAAGAUGAAUUGAAAUGGUUUGAGCGCGUACGGAAAUUAAUUCCAUCCCAUUACGCGAUGAACCACAGCAGAGGUGGUCAAACUGCCCAAGAGAUUUUUGAAAAGUCUCAUGCAGAGCUUCUCAAAGAGGCACAAAACUGGCUGAAGCGGACAUCAGAAUCUUGCUCAGUAAUCGCAGUGCUCAUCGCCACCGUAGCCUUCACGGCGGCGUAUACCGUUCCGGGAGGUUCCGAUCAGUCCACGGGCCUUCCGAUAUUGCGUCACGACCCUUUCUUUGCGGUUUUCACGGUCAUGGACGUUCUGUCCCUCGUCAGCUCUCUCACAUCGGUGGUGAUGUUCAUCUCCAUCCUCACCUCUCCCUUCAGGCUUCAAGAUUUCCGCAAGUCUCUCCCCCGAAAGCUUACGGUGGCCUUCACCUUCCUGUUCCUUGCAGUGGCGGUGACCAUGCUGGCUUUCUCGGCCACUGUAAUUCUGAUAGUUCAUAUGAAGAAGCGGUGGACCACCACUAUUGUCUAUGGCGUGGCUUUUGUUCCGGUGACCGUGUUCGCACUCUUGCAAUUCCCUCUCUACGUAGCGUUUAUGGGCACCGUGAAGUACUCUCUAAGCAUCAUGAAGAAGGCUCUUCCUUGGAAUUUUCUGAGGCCGUUGUUUUGCAAGAGUCAGUACUGAAGGUUUUUUUUUUUUUUUUUUGGGUAAACAUGAAUCAGUAGUGAAGUCUGUUUAACAAUAUGUGUACAGAUAUAGCUAUAGCACUGAAGCUGAACUGCCUUUGUUAACAAACUGGUU